ACAGGAUGGGCAAUCCACUGAUCUACACCCUGUUUCCCCUUCUAGAACGUGGGUCGGUUCAGUUUGUUUUAAGAUCAGUGUUUUUGAUUUUUAAAGAGAACCGCCCAUCUGGUCGAGUUGAGUGAGUUGUUCUGAGUGAGAGUGAGCAGCACAGACCUCUUGAGAGACCCUACCACAGACCGGCGAGGCGCAGUGUUCAGAAGAGUUGGUAACUCUAGACAGGGACUGGUAGGGUUGACGAGAGGACGCGGGCAGGCAUGGGUUGCAGCCACAGCAAGGUGCGUGGCAGAAUUUGCAAGAAAACGAGGAAAAGCAAAGUGAAAGAGGAAGAGAAGACAGUGAAGGAGGUCAACAACAGUCAAGAUGGAGAAGGUAAAGUCCUUCUGGAGGAGCUGAACGUGGGUCUAGAAACGGAGAAGCAGCUGGGUCAGUAUGAGUGGCAGCUGAAGAUCCUACGGGAGGUGCUCUCUGCCUCUGGGACCCAGGAGAGGGAGGGGCUACUAAAAGACCCAACACAAGGAGAGCUCUGUGCCCUGGUCUACAACAUCAUUGAGAAGGUGAAAACGGAGACGGCUUCUGACAUGACUGUUUUCUAUGGGGAGAAGAGCCAGAGGACUACAGAGCAGCACGAGAGGCAGAUGGAAGAACUACAUAUAGAAUCCCUAUUAUCCCCCACAGAACGGCAGAGGAUACAGAGUGAAGAGAGACAACGGCUAACAGAGACACACCAGGCAGCAGAGAAAGUGUUGAAGGAGGAGGUAGAGGAGCUGACUACAGAGCUCCACGUGUACAAUGAGUUAAAGAAGAGAGUUGACGAGUCUACCUUCAAGAAGGACCUGCAGCGGAACAUUCAGGCCCAUGGCAGUCCUGGGCCAUUCUGGGAGCAGGAGCAGGAGAGUCUGCUGUUUGUCAUUGAGAUGAAGAGUGAACGUAUUCAGGAGCAGGGGAACAAACUGCUACAGAUGCAGGUUCUGGUGGAGAAGAAUCUGUCUCUGGAAGACCAGGUCAUAAAUGUUUUACAGCAGAACGAGGACCUGAGGGUUCGGAUUGACAACCAUCAAAGCCUUAUACAGCAGCUCUCCAAAGAGCACCAGGACCUCCAAGGGACGUUAGACAGGCAGACAGGUCUCUGUCAGAGGCUCACCCAGGAGAAAGAGCAACUCAUGUUUAAACUGAAGCACAGAGACUCCUGUUCUGCCUUCCCAUCCUUCCCCAUAGUGUCUGAGAUCUCCCCCAGCUGAUCCACCCAGACCGAACAGGACAAUCGGUUACUUCUCUCUUAAUCCUGUCUAUGGUUGAAAGCAUGGAUCCGUUAACUUUCCCAAAAUUCUAAAAUGUUUUUUUUCAGUAAUCUCUGCUUUGAGGAUUCCAAGAAUCAGGAAGUAAUAUGCAAGGAGGGAUUUCUCCAACCUGGAAUUCUUCAAGUGACAUUUCUGAAUAAUCUGGGGAUUUUGGGAAUGUUUUGGGACUUUUGCAACCUUACUGUAAUCCUACUUUGACAACCAAAGUCCAGGUACCUUUACAAAGGGCUAUAGUCACAUGUUUGAUGGAACCUGAUGCCAAAAAAUGUUGCUUUUUUUUCUUCCAGUUUUAUACCUGCUGUGCCUUUACAGUACAUAAUGUUUCUGUAGCAGUAUGGUAUUCAUACAACAGGACUGUUUUUAGGGGGGGGUUGGAGGGCAUUGGGCACAGCCAUGCACUGUUGGACUUAACUGACACCCUGCUGUUCAACUGAGAUUCUUAUUCAACUGACAUUCUCAUAGUUGUGUUACUGUACUGAUAUUCUAGGUGAAUGUGACAGUGUUCACUUUGAUGGUUUGAAUUGCAGUUGGAGAGGCAGAUGUUCAAUCAUGUAGUACGUAGCUAGUACCUACAUCUUUUUUUAUCUACCUUCUUCCUGAGACACUAUUACGACGUCUGUCAAGGUUUUACAUCACUGAAUAUGGAGUAAAUGUUACAGAAUAUAAUGCAGUAUAUACAAUUUAAACAGUUACUUUAGACAACUGCUUUUGUAUUAGGGAUAUGUUUUACUUUUUUGUUUCAUACAAUAUGGGAAAUGGAUUGCCAUGGCAAGUUUUUAUUUUUGCAGAUGAGGACUAUGGGUAUUUUUGUGACUUUUUUAAAGUUACAAAGAACCAAAAGCACUUCUCAGUGUUUUUAAUUUCUAUUUCUUCUGAUGCACUAGCACUUUUAAUCAGUAUUUUACUAGUACUAAAUGUGAGAAAGGUUGCUGUAUUUUAUUUUUUUUACUCUUGUUUACUCCUGUGUUUUACUUUUUUGUUUACAUUGACAUUUUAAUAAUUUAGCCAACGCUCUUAUCCACAAAGGCAGCGGAUAGCUCUAGGAGGAGAGAGAGAGGGGGAGUGCUUGAGUUACAAUAAACAUCUGCAUCUGAACCACUGUACUUUGUGUUUGUGUGAAAUGUGUCAGUGUCUCCACUAGGGGGCAGGUUGUGUGAAAUGUAAUAUGCGACUGUUAAUUUUAACUUUUAAUAUUCCAUCUGACAAAACUCCUAUUCUCUAGCUGUAUUGUUUAGUGUGUAUUAUCUUCCUUUUUAUACCAAAAGGCUCUUCUCAGAUAUUUAAAAACAAAUGAUUUUAGUGUUAAGUAACAGUUAUUUUUCCCGUACUGUGUGUAAUGCACUGUAAUAAACGCUGGGGGGCAGAACAGGACAGUUGUGUGGAAAGAGUUGAUGAGUAUUGCUUUGGCUAGGUCCUGUUCUGUUUUAUCUGUCACUUUUUAUUUGAUUUCUCCAGUAUGUUUUCACUGAAAGAAAAAGGCUGUCACAAUAAAAUAAUGAAAAUGUUA